GGCAGUACGGCUACAGUUGAUUUAUCCUCGGGUUUAUCUAACGUAACCAGUGGCAGAUCUGAGAUUGCGACUUCCUUUGAUUUAACAGCGUUAUAUUAAUCUAUUUCGUAACAGCAAGCGUCACGUUUGCAUCUUCACGGAAUGCAAUCGCUUCGAGGAAUGAGAUCUUUUCUAAGAUCACCAGUCACAAGAAAUUUUUGGUCCACUACUGCACGACGAACGGCGUAUGAUGGUGACGGAAAAACCACGGUAAGCAUCUUGAAUCAGGAAGCAGAUGCCGGUCUUCUGAUUAAUUCUUAUAGUCAGGUGGGCUUUCGUUUAAGCAACGAUAUGGUUGUAAUAGGCCCAAUGGCGAUAUUUCCACGUUCGGUUUUCUCCUGGAAUGUUUCUGGAUUUGAGGAUAUUAACGAAGAUAGUCUAAGUCUUUUUAGCGUGCUUGAACCGAAAAUCGACAUAUUAGUAGUGGGAAUCGGCGAUCAGCAAGUAACUCCCGCUUUUAGCAACAAAGUCAUUGAUUACAUGCGAAAGCACAAAAUCAACGUUGAAGUGUUGACUACUGAACAAGCAUGCGCUACGUUCAAUUUUCUCAACGCUGAAGGGCGGGUUGUGGCAGCGGCUCUGGUUCCACCAGUUUCGUUACGGAUUAAUGAAGAUGAUAUGAUGAGGACGCAUAUAGCAACUAAACAACCGUUCCAAAUAAAAGAUUUCUAGUAAAAUGACAUGUUAUCGAAAAUUAGAAAAUAAUUAUAGAA